GCCUGGGUGCUUCUGCGCAUGUGCAGAAAAGUUCGCCUGCGCUAGCUCGCCGUUUCUGAGCACUUUUCCAGCAGCAGCAGCAGAAAGUGAGGAGUUUCUCGGAGUCGUUUUGAGAGAACUAGUCCAAGAGAGCGUGAAAGGCGCGAUUCGGCUCCCCGUUCCGGUCCGGGUGAAACUCUAACUACCUCCGGACCUUUUUAUAGGGGAGAUAAAAUUCGGGGAAAUGACAUCGAGCACGCGGAAGUUUGUGUUUUCUGGCAGAGCUAGCUGGUUAGCCCAGUUAGCCUGCUAGCUAGAAAGCUUUUUCUGAUUAAACAUUUACGACCAAACUUGACUUCCCCGGUUAGUUAGACAGCAGGAAAAGUUACUAAAGCUCCCCGCUGGAUUACGCCGCCCUGUCACCGGAUGACACAUCCGGCUGCCAGCGCUGCACCUGCGGGUUGUGAUCUUCGCCGGACUUCGUUCUCCGUCGCCAUGGGCCGCUUUGGCAGCGAGUGAAGCCCCGCGGGGAGCGAGCGCAGCCCGCCGACCAUGGGAGGAUGCGUGGGGAGGUACUGGCGAGGCUGGGACGAGUCGCAGAGCCGAGGUUCGUCGGGGAACGGACGCAACGAGCCUCUGAAGAGAGACCGGCCCAAAUGGAAGAGCGACUACCCGAUGACGGAGGGUCAGCUCCGCAGCAAAAGGGACGAGUUUUGGGACACGGCGCCGGCCUUUGAGGGCCGCAAGGAGAUCUGGGACGCGCUGAAGGCGGCGGCGGUGGCACUGGAGUGCGACGACCACGAGCUGGCCCAGGCCAUCAUCGACGGAGCCAGCAUCACUCUUCCUCACGGGACUCUGACCGAAUGCUACGACGAACUCGGGACCCGCUACCAGCUGCCCGUCUACUGCCUGGCCCCGCCCAUCAACCUCAUCUCGGAGCGCAGCGACGAGGACACCAGCGAUAGUCCGGAGCCGUCCGUCACGUCCAAGAAAGAGUUCCAGCUGAAGGUACGGCUGUCGACGGGGAAGGACCUGCGCCUCAGCGCCAGCAUGGCCGACACCAUCGGCCUCCUGAAGAAGCAGCUGCAGGCCCAGGAGGGCAUCGACCUCUUCCACCAGCGCUGGUUCUUCUCCGGGAAGCUGCUGACGGACAAGACGCGGCUGCAGGACACCAAGAUCCAGAAGGACUUUGUCAUCCAGGUCAUCAUCAACCCGCAGGCCCUGCAGAGCCCCAAACCGCCCUCGCCGCCGCCCGCGUCCGAGUAGCCCCAGUGCAUGCUGGGUAACUUAUGCUGUGUUUGAGGAGAACAAAAAGGGAGAAAGUGCUGCUCAGGUUCUCCAUCGGCGCUCUGCCGCUCUUCAUCCUCGGAACCGUUUGAGGAACGGCGAACCCGCUGCACUGCUGCGCUCUGGUCCUGCAGGAACGGCGUUUCCAUGACGACGUGAUGUUCACUCAGCAGUUUUUGCACAUUUGAAGCUGGUUUAUUUUGUGGUAGUUUGUGUGCCUUCUAAGAGACGAAAAGAAAACUCUAUUUUUUAGGAAA